GUGUUGUGACUCAACUACGUUGUGUUACAGCAUGGCGGCUGUUAUUGGCCCUGGUACGCCAUGCUCUGUCUGUCAGGAGAUAUUCAUUGAAACAGAUAAGAUUAUGAAUGCUUCAGGACGAGUUUGGCACGACCGUUGCUUUGUAUGUGUCCAGUGCUUUCGCCCUUUCAAGGACAGUCCUUUCUAUGAGUAUGAUGGCCGUCAUUAUUGCGAGUAUGAUUUCCAGACUUUGUAUGCUCCAUGUUGUGGAGACUGCGGGAAGUUUAUUGUCGGCCGAGUCAUCAAUGCUAUGCAGCAAAGUUGGCAUCCGAGUUGCUUUAAGUGUAUCAAUUGUCACUGCGAACUGGCAAGUGUUGGAUAUGUGAAGAAUAGUGGAAAGCCACUGUGCAAGCGUUGUUCUGCAGAGUUGAAAGGUGCUGGGAAAUCGAUUUGCUACAAGUGCCACUUCCCUAUUCAUGAUGGCGGCAUCACUUUUCAUGAGAUGAAAUAUCAUCCUCACCAUUUUAACUGUUUUGAAUGCCAUGAAACUUUAACAACAAAAGCAAGAGAAUUUGGUGGCGAUCUCUACUGUCUUCGAUGCUAUGACAAACUGGAGUCAACCAUCUGUGGAGCAUGCCGUCGUCCAAUAGAAGGACGUAUUAUUCAUGCAUUGGGCAAAACAUGGCACCCAGAGCAUUUUGUGUGUGCUCAUUGUGAGAAACCAUUUGAUGGGCGUCGUCACUAUGAGAAGAAAGGAUUAGCAUACUGUGAAGCACAUUUCAAUAUGUUGUAUGGGGAACGGUGCUUUUAUUGUGACCGGCCGGUUGGUGGAGAAGUCAUUUCUGAGUAUUACAAGUCUUGGUGUGUCCACCACUUCCGUUGCUACGGCUGCGACCGCAACCUCACCUCCAAGGACAAAUUUGUCGACUUCGACUUGAAACCGAUGUGCAAGAGAUGCUACGAACACCUGCCGAUGGAGAUGAGGAAACGACUCAAAGCACAGGCAGACGGCACUGUCCACAAGACGGCGAAAGUAAAACGCGUGAAGAAGGAGACGGGCUUCGUCUAGUCAAAAAUAUUGAAACUGAAUUUCUAAGAUUGAGUUUUAGUAUCAAACGAAUGAAUGGCAAUGGAUUAGGUUUGACCGGUGAUGUGAGCGAGAUACUUGUCUUUCGCCUCGUUGUGAGGGAUUUCUUCGACGUCACUGAUUAGUCUUGUGAUUGUCUGUAAUUGUAGAGAAGAGAAGGAGUGAGUUAGUUGGUUGUUGAUGUGGCUGGUUGUUUGGUGUGUUUGUUUGGCUUACUUCGGGUAGCAUAACUUCAAAUACAUAGUUGUUGUUGCUGA